AUGCCGUCCGAACCGUCCAAAGCGGGCAUCGUGACCGACGAGGGCAGCGGCCAGCGCCAGAUUCCAGAAUCUAUGCGAGCCGAUGGCACAACAAGAAAAGCCAUCAAGAUCCGGCCUGGAUACCGGCCCCCGGAGGACGUCGAAGUCUACAAGAACCGCACCGCCGAAACCUUUCGCAACCGCGGCAAAGGCGGCAUACCAGGAGCCGAGGGGCUGAAGGACCAGAAGCAAGAAGUCGCUUCAGCUGCCAGCAACAAGAACGCGAAGCGCCGGGAAGCGAGAAAGAAGGCCAAGUCUACAAACGAGACUCCCGACGGCGUCAACGCCGACGAAGCUCAACCUGCUACACCCGCUGCCGAGGAAGUCGAUCCGGAAGCUGAAAGGGAGAAAAAGGCACGCAAUCUGAAGAAGAAGCUGAAGCAGGCCAAGGACUUGAAGAACAAGAAGGAAGGCGGCGAGGCACUCCUGCCUGAGCAGAUCGCCAAGGUUAUCAAGAUCAACGAGCUCGUGAGGGAGCUCGAAGCACUUGGAUUGGAUGCCGACGGCGAGCCGAAAGACACUGCCGCGUAA